GAAUAUUUGAAAAAUAUGUAAUGAUGAGAUGAAAUGAGUUGAGGAGGAUUUGGCAAUUAAACGGGGCCUAAAUCUUAUCAAAGUCACCAUCUUUGUAACGAUAUUCCAGCAGCAUCUCCCUUGUAAGUUGUUAUAUUAGCUUUCUCAUGUAUUCUCGUUGCUUCUGCUAUGUCGGUUAGUUUCCAAGUUGUGUUGCAAUAUGUAUUCUGGGUUUGGUUGGUUUCCUGAAUGAUCAGUCUGUGAAGACCGUAAAAAUGGGCAUUUCUUCAUGAUUUGUAAACUAAAUUGUUGUGAGUCUUCGGUUCUAUAUCGCUGAAGAAGAAAUAACCGAGAAUUUUGUCGUUCUGGGUCACUGUUUUCUGGUUUUUGUUGCCUUUGUAGUUCCUUGCACAGAGAACACUCGGUUGGUAUAUUGAUAAGCGAUGGUGAUACUACGAGCAGUGGGUGAACAUAAUCUUGUGGAAACUUGACUCUUUUGUGCAUAUGGAUUUGAAUUCGGGUUUAGAAUGGAUUUUCUGUGAAUUUUAUAUUCUGCACUAAUUGUCAUGAAGAUAUUUUGGACAAUCCAUUGGUGCUUCAAUUUAGCAUAAUUCUUGAUUUGGGAAUACCAAUUUUGUACUGAAGUUGUUGAAGAGCGAGUAAUGACUAAUUCGGAAUGUUAGCAUUAAUCUGGAUUGAGAUGUGGAUCUUUUAGAUGUGGUUUAUAAAUAACAAUCAUUCGGUGGGAUGGCAUAGAUAAGGAGCUGCGUAUUGGAACAAGAGCCGCUUCAUUUUUUUUUUCAAGGGUGCAGAUAUUUUGCAUGAGAGACGAAGAUGCAACAUUUCCAAUUGUCUUCCCAAUAGGCACUUGUACACAAACUAGGGGAUUCCCAAAUAACAUUAUCACCAAAAUUUAGGUCAGCAGUAAUCCAUUCUUCCUUGUUAAGUCCUUCAACAGAUAUAGAGUUAAUGCUCAAGGGAGAACCCCUCAUUCCAGGCCUCCCUAAUCGUCUUGCCUUAAACUGUCUUCUCUGGCUUCCAAUCCAGAGCCAUGCAGCCUGCAAGGCUGUCUGCAAGGGAUGACAUUUAUUGCUUGGUAGUAAAGAACGGUUUUUCACCCGAAGAAAUGAAUUAGGCUUCAAAGACCCUUGGCUCUUUGUCUUUGCUUUCCACAGGUGCACUGGGAAGAUUUAGGGGCAAGUUCUUGAUCUUAUUCAUUUCUCUUGGCACUCUAUCCCAGCAAUGCCCUGCAAGGCCAAGGUUUAUCCCCAUGGAUUUAGGUGUAUUUCCAUCCCCCAUGAGGGUGUCUCCUUUGUUUGGGGCGGGAUGAUUUAUGUGGCUCGAGGAAACAGCACACAUCUUUUUGAGCUUGACUCAGCUGAGGUUAUGGAUCCCGUUAAGGGAAUUUGGCAUCCCAUUGCACUUAUGGGAACUAAUAUGGCCUCUUAUGAUGCAGCAGUUCUGAACGGGAAACUUCUUGUGACAGAAGGCUGGAUUGGUUCAAGUGUUGUUGUUUUUGGGCACUUGUUUGUGGUUUCAGAUCUUGAAAGGAUGAAGCUGAAGGUUUAUGAUGUGGAUACUGAUUCCUGGGAAACAAUAGAAGGGCCUCCUUUACCAGAGCAAAUAUGCAAACCUUUUACUGUGAGUGCGAAUGAUUGUAGAAUCUAUGUUGUGGGUCGGAACCUUUAUGUUGCUGUGGGUAGUAAGUAUCUCAAGGCUCAACCAAAAAGGCACUCACAAUAAAAAGUGGAGGUUUUUGGUUCAAUGGAAGGUUGUGGAGGCACUAGAAAGUUUCUAUGUCUUGACACCUUCAAGCUCUCAGGUUCUGUUUGCCUAGUUUUCAAUUUUUUGUGAUAUAGUGUUUUCUAUGAUGCUUAGUAAAUUGUAAUUUGUAUGCGAGUAUAAAAGAUGUAGAAUGGAAAUGGCUAUUCUCUAAAGGCUCCCAAAUAGUUUCUGUCAUGAACAUAUCAACUAUGUGAUUUGAUUGUGUUCUUAUCUAUUUAACUAAUGCUUGCUUUGAUUUAAA